AUGGGCAUUUUCAGCUUGAUCAACACUGGUCUGCAGGGCGUUGCCUCGUGGUGGUCGGACCGCCAGGCCGUGAAAAGUACAGAUGUUUUCAUCUGGUUCGUCAUCGGCACCGUCGCGGGCUAUACGAUGCAGCCUCCGGCUCCGGAACGUCGCCCUCUUCCCCUCCCUGGUGUCUUCCUGAAUGAGGAUGCUUACGAGAACCGUGACUCCUACGAACAGGCUGUUGCCCAGGCCAACUAUGAUUGGGCUAGAUUCUCGAAGACGAUGAAAAAUAUAAAGAAGAAGGCGAGAAAGCUGGAGAAGGAGAAGAAGGAGAAGAAGAAGCGGGAUGAUCGCGUGGACAGGGCGUUCCAGAUGGCACAGCUCGUUCAUGUUGAUGAUACUACUUCGGAUGAACUGGAACUGGAGCAGCAGGGAGCAGAGGAUGCAGUAAUUGUGUAA